CCGAUCGCCGAGCAGCGCAGUUGUAUUCCGGUUAUUUGCCAUUCAUCUGGUUAGAAACAUGGAGUACAGCGCUAUCAUUCUACUUCUGCUAGCUUUUCAUACCAUGUAUGGACCACCUAUCACAAGUGACGGCUAUUCCACUGAUUCUGAUUCCCAAUAUGAACUUGCUGAUCUUCAAACUGAGAGCACUGCUGGAUGCGUCCAAGUACCUGGAGGAAAGCUGCCAGAAUUUAGUUUUAUACAACCAAUCGAAAAAUGUGAUGUGACGAUGGAUGAAGCCAGACUGGGUUCUAAAGCGCCCGUACAGCCAGAGUGCAAUGGAACCGGAGGCCAGGACACAUCAACAUCAGACUUCUGCAACAUCAUUUAUGUCGUCGUCAUCACUGUCUUUAAGGGUGCAGGAACCUUCUUAUUAUUAUUACUUACUAUCUGCUGUGUAGUGGCAGCCUUGGAAACAUGCAAAAGUUACUUUUUACACCUCUCUGUUAAACGCCUCUUUCGUUCUGCCAGUGUCCCUAAAAUGCCAGCUGUCAUUUCUCUGGAUUCAAUUACUAUUCAGAAAGUUUAAUAGAAGCUUUCUUUCUAUUUUCUCUUUUUUCCGUUUCUUUUGUU